AUGAAACUUAAAUUUUUCUUAGAGGAUAUUUUUAAGCAUGGAGUCUUAGGCAAAGUUGUAAGUCAUGUGCAGGUUAUUGAGUUUCAAAAGCGUGGUUUGCCACAUGUACAUAUUUUAUUGCACUUUGUAAAUGCUGAUAAGCUAGAAACAGCAGAAGAUAUUGAUAGUUUGAUAUCAGCAGAAAUCCCAGACCCAGCUGUUGAUCCUGAACUUUUUGAAAUUACAAAAUCAUGCAUGAUACAUGGACCAUGUGGAAUUUUAAAUCCCAAUUCUCCCUGCAUGAAAGAUGGUAAAUGCACAAAAAAAUUUCCUAAGGAAUUUAAUCCCCACACUGUUGCAAUUUUUAAUGGUUAUCCACGCUAUAGGCGCGUCGAUAAUGGAAGAAUUGUAAAUAUAAAAGGUAAUCAAGUUGACAACCGUUGGGUUGUACCUUAUAACCCAUGGCUUUCUAAAAAAUAUCAAGCACACAUAAAUGUUGAAGCCUGCAUGACCAUAAAGUCAGUUAAGUAUUUAUAUAAGUACAUUUACAAAGGGCAUGACUGUGCCAAUGUGGUGAUAAAUGAGCAAGUUAACCAUGAUGAAAUAAACACGUUUUUAAAUUGUCGCUAUGUCUCAGCUCCAGAAGCAUUGUGGCGAAUAUUUGAGUAUUCUUUAAGUGAUAUGUCACAUAACAUCAUUCGACUUCAGGUUCAUCUGCCAGAUAAUCAGAUGAUGUAUUUUGUAGAAGGCGAAGAACAGGCAGCUUUAGACCGUGCAGCACAGCGUGACACUCACCUAACUGCAUGGUUUAAAUUAAAUGUUGAAAAUGAACAAGCCCGACACUAUCCAUAUGUUGAAAUUCCUUACCACUUUGUUUUUGAUAGCAAACAUUGUAAAUGGAAAGUUAGGCAAAGAGGUAGCAAUAAGGUGAUUGUUAGGAUGUAUAAAGUGAGUCCAAUAGGUGAAAUAUUUUAUCUUAGAAUGUUACUUUUGCAUGUUAGAGGUGCAGUUUCUUUCACUUAUACUUGA